UGUGAUGAAGGAAUGUUCUGGACGAGUGGGUUUGAAUUUAGUAAUAUAAAAAUGAAAAAAUCUUAAUGUUAUCUACGUACAUUGUACAUUAUUUAUUAGAAACAAUUAAACAAAGGAGAGAAAAGAAGAUAACAAUGAGGUAUGUAUGUGUGAGGAGACAAAGGAGUGGCUCGACGAGUUGACUUACAAUAUAUAACUACUCUACAACGUUAAAUUUCCUUUUGUAGGUCUGAUAUUUAUAUAUUUAUGUAUUGUUAAUAAUUUUAAAUAUAAUUAUUGUACUUGAAUAAUUCAACGCGCAGUCAAGUAAUUGGAGAAAUCGACCAUUAAUUCAACGACAAAUUAUUGAUUUUUCAAACUCAAAAUUUUCGAAGCAUAAAAAUUAAGAAAGCAUAUUGUAAUUCAAAAUAAGAGAAUUUUACAAUGCUAUAUAGUAUGGGUGCUAUAAGUUUUUGCCUUUAUGGUAUAAUUUGAAAUUGUACCUUUAACGUUAUGGUACAACUUUAGAUUGUACCUAUACUUUUUGCACAAAUUCAUUUAUGGUACAACUUGUACUUGUACCUUUAUGUGAUGGUAUGUAUAACUUCAAGUUGUAAAAUUGUACCAUAACAUAAUGAUACAAAUUGUUUUAUGGUACAACAUAAACUUAUACAUUUAAUGGUAUGGUACAACUUCAAGUUGUACAUUAAAAUACCAAUGCUAUAUAGCAUAAUAGAAGUGCUCUCAAAAUAAACCGACAUAAUAUGUGAUUUGAAACGAUAAUGACAUACAGAGAGAUUCCAAACAAACCCCAUAUAUCUCCGACACAAUGACGGACUGCAAGAAACCAUCAUUCCUGAAAAGAAUACACAUAGAACGAUCGGCUAUACCAUAUAUAUCAACUGCUGUUCUUGCUUUUAGUGUUCCUGUUCUGCCUUGUUUUGUUUUGUUGGGCUGAAAUGAAAGUGAGACCAACAAAUGAAAUUACCUUCUUUGACAGAGUGACGGAGAAACGGGUCGGGUCGGGGACAACGCAGCAUGGGGGAAACCUGGCCAAUCAGAGAGCCCACAGUACCAUAUGCUCUUAUUAAUUCUCUUCUCUUGGUGUUUGCCCUAGGACACGUGUUGAUCCUUUUUCUCCGUCCAACCCCUCUUUCCAUAAUUAUCGCCUCCACUACCUAGCUCCAUAUCUCUCUCCAAGAACCCCACCUCCACCGGAGAAAAAAAAAGCCACAGACUGACAGAGAGCAUAGCAAGAACAAGAUCGGAGAUAUGAACAGCGGCGGAGAACCAUCCAGCUGGCGCAUGAUAAGCUGGUCAACCAACCACGGCGGGUUUGGAUCGGUGCAAGACGUCGGUCCGACGAUAACCAACCGGAUCAUGCUCCGUUUCCGCCCCAUUGCCCCCAAACCCGCCAACCCAGAUCCCUCCGUCACGGCCUUAGCAAACAGUUACAAGCCCAGGAAGAAGCGAAAGUACGUUAGGGUUCGCAAGAGCAAUAGAUCCGUCAAGAAAAAGGACACGUCAGCUUCAUCGUCGUCGCCGGAUCCUAAAUCCUCAAACCACGUCGUCACCCUCCAGCUCCUCCCGGAGAAAGGCCACCCGCCUAAGGAACAAGAAGCAGCAGCUGUAGAUCGGAACAUGCUCUCGUCGUCGUUGCCGCCGAGACAGUGCAACCUGGAUCUCACCGUGGCCGCUUCUGCAGCCGAGGAUGACAAUAAUAGUUAUUAUUACCAUCACGGCACAGAUCUGGUGACGUGGCGGCGGGGGCAGGAGGUGGAGGAGUCGUGGGUGACGGUGGAGUCAGCGGCGGAGAUCUCGUCCUCCUCCGCCUUCGGUUACUGCAUGGAUCUGGAGGAAGUGAAGAUCCGCUUGGAUGGGGACACGUGUCCAGGGUUCGUAUCGGACGGCUGCAACCGGGUGGUGUGGGUGAACGGCGCCUACAGGAGGAUGGUGGGGACGGCGUCCGUCGUGAGGGUGGUGGUGGUGAUGAAGGAUGAUGAGGUGGCGGCGUCGUUUCGUCGCGAGGUUGGAGGAGGAGCGUACACGUGUUGGGUGAGGGUGAGAGGGGCGACGUGGAGGAAGGAGAUGGUGCCGUGUGACGUUUGGAGGGUGGAGAAUGGUGGGCUUGCAUGGAGGCUGGACGCUGAGGCCGCCCUCACCCUUGGGCCGGGUUCAGAAAUUGAUUUGGUUGGGGGUAUUACCCAAGGAACCCUAAUUGCUCCUUGAAAGCAAUAACCUACCAAGGUAACUUAACUAUAAAUUGUGGAGUAUUCUUUCUUUCUUUCUUUUCUUUCUUUCUCUUAAAUAGGACUAACCAAUCUUCCAAAUCCACCUAUAUAUAUAUACCCAUUCUCAAAGGACCACACACAGGGUAGGGAUGGAGGGGGUGGGGAUGGAUAUUGAUGAGGUGACCGUUGGUUUAUUUGGGUGCUUGAUAUGAUAUCAUUUAGCCGGUUUUUAGUUCAUAAUUUACGUCGAAGAGAAGUUAAAUUGAGAGUUUACUUCAACUCAACACAAUACUCUAAAUUUAGGAUGUUUGACUAAAAAAAAUAGGUUCAUGAUAUAUACAUAUAUAGACAUACUAAGAAUCUAAGAUGUAAAGGAUAAUAUGUUGUGUAUUUUCAUGAAUAGCUCUUACUAUUAUUAUUAUUAUUAUUUAUUAUUUAUUAUUAUCAAACCCCUAGGAUAUGACUGGAGGAUGAAGACAGGUGGAUAACAUAUGAGAGGAGACUCGUUGUUAUCAUAGGACAAGCGGCUUAUUGGUUCGUCCCAUUAAUGUUGUUUGUUUGUAAUCAAACUAAUAAUCAACUAAUAAACCAGACAGAUUCAACCAAACCCACUUUAUUAUAAAUACAAAAAUGUAGGUACAAUAAACAAUAACGUGCCUAGCUAGCUAGCUAGAUAUAGCUACUUGAUAGCUAAGUUAAGCACACACACAAAAAGGAUAACUAGCUAGCUACCUAGGGAUGAUUUUAUUAACUAUAAGAAUAUUAAGUAGCAUAUACAUAAUUAAGUUCCCCUUCAUAAAAAAAAUAUUAUCAAGACCACCAAAUUUUGUUUCUCAACAUACAAAUAGAGAGCAAAGUAAGAUGAUACGAGAAUUGGACACAAUAUAUGGUACGUCCGUACGUAGUAUAGAUGUCCAAACUCGAAAUCUAGUAGAUUUUGGUUUAACAAUGGAGAGUGAAUUUGUUCUUGCUCAGUUUAUAUCUUCAUGAAUUCAUGAUAAACUUAAAACUUCCACCACAAUACUGUCUAAAUCGUUUUGUUUUGAAAAACCACGAUUCAUAUUGAUUGGGGGCUAAUCACAAUACUGUCUAACUCUUUUUAUCUCUUAUAUGCUAAGAGGGCACUUAUAAGUACGUUGAGAGUACGUGCAUGAUGCAUGCAGGGGUUUGAGAGGGGGGGACACAUAUAAAAUGAGCAAGUUGUGGUGAAUUUUUUUUUUUUUAAUGAAAAAUAUUGUCUAAUACUAAGCCAUAUAAUACCGUCUUUAAGGAAUAAGAUGCUUAUGUAAUGGCAAUUUGGCACUAAAACACUUUAGAAUGUCUAACUAGCUAUUAAAAAAAGGAAUUUUUAACUAGUAGUACUCAAACUUAUCUCUAGACUCUAAUACCGGUAGUUAUUAUUCAUAUGAAGUUAAUUAAGAUUUUUGCUUUAAUGUGAACGCAUAAAUCAAUUAAAUUGUGAUUUCGAUCCAGAUCAUCUAAAUCUUACAUAUUUGUGUUUAGAUCCAAAACUUCCACUCUAGAUAUCAAGUUUUUUUGUUUAAUUUGAAAAUAUAAUAAAUCUUCAUAAUUUAUGAAACAAAUUUUCAAGUGGGCAAUAUAUAAGCUUUCGAUAACAUUUGAGUGGCUUCUAGUUUAGAAUUGCUAAUUACUAAUGCCAAAUUUUUUUAACAUUAAUUGUUUCUUGGUUGUUGUUUGAGAUAUAUAUGCAUCUAAAAUCUUAGGGCGUGUUUGUAUAUGAUACAUUCUCGAUUUUAUAGAAUAUAUGAGGCACCUUAUU